AUGACGGACGAAGAUUGGAGUCAAGAUAUACUUCAAAAACUUAUAACUAGAGAUAACCUUUCUAAAAAGGACUCUAACUACUUUAAAGCAUUUUCUCAGUUAAGCCAACAACUUCAGAAGCCACAUAAAGCUGAGAAAAAUGACUAUAAUAGGCUUGUGAAUGAAAACGGCAAGUUAAGGAGCCAAAAUGAGAGUUUGAUCGAUAGUUUAAACAAUUCUACUAUAAAAUCAGAGACAUUGGAAUCAAAGCGAAAUCAGGAUAGGAAAAGCAUCCAACAUUUGGAAAAGUCAGUCAAGAGUCUUGGUCAAAAGAUCAGCAAUUUAAACAUGGAGAUAGGUGAGAAGAACAAAUCAAUAGAGAUAAUAAAUGAAGAGCUUUUAUUGAAUCAAAUUCAGGUUAAUGUUUUAAACGACAGAAUAAAUAAGUUGACGAAUGAAAAUGAAGCGUUAGUAAAAAGAUGGAUGGAAAAAGUCAAGCUUGAUGCUGAAAAGCUAAAUGAUGCAAAUGAUAAAGGAAUAUAG